AUUUGGUAUCAGAGCUUGAGAGCUAUCCGAGGGCCUAACUUGUGAGGAACAAAAAAAAAGAGAGUGGAAACAAUGCAGACUGCGGGUGGUAACAAUGGGAAUUCAAUUUCCCAAUUACCUAUGUUCAAGGGUUCAUAUUACCACUUUUGGAGUUUGAAGAUGAAAACUCUCUUCAAGUCUCAAGAGUUAUGGCGCAUUGUUGAUGAAGGGUUUGAAGAUAGCCAACCGGAGGAACCAGAUCAAGCCUUGAGAGAUAAGAGAAAGACGGAUGCAGAGCCUCUCUAUUUCAUCCAACAAGCUUUGGAUGAUGAGGUCUUUCCCCGGAUUGCUGCAGCCUCAACAUCCAAGGAGGCUUGGAGUAUUCUUCAGAAGGAAUACAAGGGGGACACGUGCUAGUCACUACAACAAAAUGAACCUUUUGCAACGCCUCUAAACUGUUACAUUAAAUUGUUAAUGUGUUACAAAAGGCUAAUGUAACACUUAUAUGAGCGUUACUUCAGAUCUCGUUGCAUAAAGUCAUAUGCAACACUUUGUAAUAUGUUAUGCAACACUUUAUAUAAAUGUUGCAAAAAUAACCCAAAUGCAACACUUUUUCUGAUUAUUUAACAUGCAUCUUAUGCAACACUUUUUUAAAUAAAAUGCAACA